UGGGACACCGAGGAGCUCAAUGAGCUGCUGGACUUUGACUUCAUCCUCUCCAACUCCCUCAUAUACCAGGAGCCUGAUGCUGCCUCUUCUUCUUCCACCUCUCCCUCCUCCUCUAGCCCAGCCAGCACCUGCCCUGCAGUGCCUGCUGUUACCACCUGCAACUUUACCUACCCACAGCCCUGGGCAGAGCCUAGUGGCCUCCUGUACAGCAGCAGCCAGGAUGGGGCUCCCACUGUCCCCUUCAACCUGGCUGACAUCACUGAUAUGUCCCCCUUGGGUGGAUUUAUAGCUGAGCUCAUGAGGCCAGAUUUGGACCUGGUGUACAUGCAGCAGCAACAGCCGCUGCCCCUGAGCAACGUGCAUGGAAAGUUUGUUGUGAAAGCCAUGGGCAACUAUAACAACAUCACUGUUAGCACCAAGAGCAACCACACCAUGGCAGCUGCUCCCCCACCACCUUGCACGGACAGCCUGGUGGCCCCUUACAGUCCUUUGCCCAGGAUGUGCCCCAAAAUCAAGCAGGAAGCAGCCCCUCCUUGCACUAUUGCCUCACCACAUGGAAACAGUCAGAGUGCCCCGCAGCAUGAUUUCUCACUGGGCCACCCACUGCCUACCAGGACUACCCCCUCCUUGGCACUGGAAGAGAUGCUAAAUAGCCAAGACACUCAAUCUUCUAUGCAAGGGCUAAAGCACCCACCAUUGCCACUGCAGCCAGUUUAUCACCCAGCCCCUGGCUACCCUCCUUUCCUGCCUGAGCAACUGCCACCCAGCACAGUCCAGUAUCAAGAGCUGAUGCCACCAGGGAGCUGUUUGCCAGUGGAAACCAAGCACAAGAGAGGACGUCGGUUGUGGCCUAGGAAAAGGACUGCCACGCACACUUGUGACUAUGCAGGGUGUGGCAAAACCUACACCAAGAGCUCUCAUCUCAAGGCACACCUGAGAACUCACACAGGUGAGAAACCUUAUCACUGUGACUGGGAAGGCUGUGGAUGGAAAUUUGCCCGGUCUGAUGAGCUUACUCGUCAUUAUAGAAAACACACUGGCCACCGCCCUUUCCAGUGCCAGCAGUGUGACAGAGCAUUUUCCAGGUCAGACCACCUUGCCUUACAUAUGAAGAGGCACUUCUAAUUAAAGCAGUGUCUCUUUCCCAAACUGCUAUAAGAGAUUCAAUGUUUAAAGCACAAGGAUAAUUUUUCACAAGA